AUGGUAAGGGCCGCAGCGGAGCUUGGCAGGGGAAGCUGGGGACGGGGAGAGAGGGCUUUGGUCGUCUGUUGCUAACAAACCGCUGAUUGAUACGGGUGCUAGGCUAGGCUAGCGGUAGCUAAAGGGUCUGGGUGGUAACCUGAGAGCAGCAGGAGGAGAUCCAAGUGUAUAAAUCACCGAUGCGUAUUCACUGUUUGCUAAACUUCUGCUAACCGGAUACGAACAAAUUAGCUCUGAGGCUAAGCUAGCAGCUGUUUCUCCUUACUGGUAUGCUAGUAGCUUAGCAUACAGCCCCUAGGCUUCUAGUUUGCGAAGGAUGUUUUGAAUUUAACACAAGUUCGUAUAUCGUGUUAUUAUUAAGGUGUCCUAAUAUGUUACACACACACACACACACACAGGCGCAUAGUCCAGCAGUCGUGCACAGCAGGCGCGCACACAGGCUAAAAUAGUCCAGCGCCCGGUUGCCUGUUGCUAAAAUAAGACUGCUUGCCCCUCCUAUCCCUUACUAUGACCAACUCCUAACCUCCUCAGUUGGAAUUUUCAUGUCCUGUAGUUUUAUUAGGACGGGUUUUUCUGAUGUUUUCUGACAGGAAUUAGCCCUGCACGUCAUAUCACUGUUUAGUCAUGACCUGUAUGGGCGCGUUUACUCGUGUGGCUGAAAACUGACUGAUCUAAAUCAAGUUAUUGACCCUGAAAAACUGUGAUUUGAACAACAAAACUGCUUUUGCACAGCGAGGCACCAUCUCUGCUGCAGACAUGAACAUCAGACUCACCUCAUUAAUAAUAUAAAGCCAGAGUUAACUAUUAUUAGGCCUGCUGACUGUAAUCACAUUAAAUUAAUUUAAUAUAGUCCAUAAUUACUUAUAUCAUAACCCUGUAAACUGAAUUCAUAUUGUUUGAUCAUUGCAUGAGCUGUUGUUGUUGCUGUUGUCCCCUGUCUCUCUCUUUCUCACCCUUGUUCUCUACUCUCUCUCCCUCCCUCUCCCUUACCUAUUCUCUCUCUCCUUCCUUCUAUCGUGUUCUCUCUCUCUUUCUCUCCCUCUGCCCUCUCUCCUACUCCUCUCUCUCUCUCAGCGGCCUGGUGGCUGUCUAGCAUGAGUCUGGUCCUACCCAAGGUUUCUGCCUGUUAAAAGGAAGUUUUUCCUUGCCUCUGUCACUCAUGUUAGAUGAGAUGGGUUAAAUCUGUCCCAUCUUAAGGUUGGGUCUUGAUAAUUCAUCAAACAAUGAGCGUGGUCUAGACCUGCUCUUUUUCUUUGGAAAGCGUCUUGGGAUGACAACUGUUGUGAAUUGGUGCUAUAUAAAUAAAAUUUGAUUGAUUGAUCCAGUGCAUCAGCACUAUUUACAAGAGUGGGUUUUGUAGAGCAAGAAGAAGUCCAUAUAACCUCAAACAUCUUGUGUCCGAGUUAGAAAGAGCAGCUGGAGGAUCUCUUCAGUCUCUUCUGCCUCACCUCAUCCAUCCUGCAGGCUCAGUCUUACUGGUCUCCCCCUGACCCCAGAGGUUGUUGUCUGAGCUGGUGUUUACACUGAGACAGGAGCACUAGUAAACACAGUGUCAGGGAGCACAGGUGUCUGAUGGAGCAGAGUGAUUCAUUAGCUGCCAGAGACUUUAAGAACAUGCAAAAAAGUAAAUGGAAAGCAUUGGAGACAUCGCUACGAAACUACAGCUAUAUCCAGAGUCAUCUUUAGGUGUCAUGUUUAUGGAACAAGGGCUCCCUUCAGAAUAACAUGUCAAUGUCUUUCAACCAGACACCAGCCUGAUAAGUGUAGUCUGUUCAUGCACUUCAGAGGUGUUACUGCAUAAAUAAGCCUAAAUCAAGGGUUAUCUUCAAAUACUAAGGUGUGGCAAAUAAAAACUGCAUAACACUCCUAUGAUGGCGCAAACAUUAUUGCUGAGGACCAGUUUUAUAAUUUCUUAUGUAUUCGCUACAACUUUAAAUAUGUUUACAGAUUUCUCAUAAUUAAAUAUUUUUAAUCAAUAGUAAAUUGCAUACUAGUGUGCAUGAUCUCAUAUAAUCUCCUUUGAAUACAGGUGUAAAGUGCCGAUAUUAAUCAUAAUGUAACAGGUCAGUAAUGCUGUUAUAUCAAACUGACAUUACAGUAAGUUCAGGCACUCAGUCAUUCAUAUAACAGGAGUCAGAAUAUUACUGAUAAUUACUUAAAAAGCAAUAUUAAACUACAAUGUUUUUUUAUUCUUAGCUUAGCUUAGGAUCAAAGAUACCGUAAUUUAGGAUGCCAGAAACUUGUUUUCAUUUUUAAAAGAUCAGUGAAAUAUGAGCCCCGAAGCCUUUGUGAUGGCAGUUAUUUUAAAAUGCCAAUAACUGGCCUGAUAAGUUUGACAGAUCAGUCUAUCUAUCUCCAGCCAUCAACAGUGCUUAAUGGCAGCCACACUGACGAAGCAGCCAGCUGUAUCUGCUGAUAAUACUUGGUCACCUUUUUAAUAAGCCUCUUGAGUGCAGGAAUAGGCUUUUAGUAUUUUAAUGGGACUUUGGUCUUGUUGAAGUGACGUUGAUGGUACAGUCUGAGCUAGGUUUAGCUUAGGACAGUUUCUCUUCUCUCCUCGGUGAUAAAACUACUUCUACCUUCUGGCACAUUCCUCAGAUAUUCAUGUUGAAGCCGGUCUGUCCCCUCACUCUCUAAUAUCCUGCUGCUCACUGCAUUUUUAAGGGAGGGGGAACCCCCAGAGGGGUGGGGGGUAUGCUGUGCAAUCCUGGUUAGUUUGUGUCUUAUACUGACUUCAUGAUGCACAGUUAUCUGUUUUGUUUAAACACUUUCCUGGGCAGUUUUUCAUUAAUUUAGUUUUCUAAUAAAUUGUAGCACAAGAAAGAUGCUGUCAGUAAAAAUAAAGGGUUUUUUUGAGGGGGAGGAAUUUCCCCUCUCGGAUGAAACAGGAAUGUAGAGCUGCAAAAGCUAAAAGCUAAAAGGCUGGUCCUGCUGCUCAACAAACUGUGGUUUAUGGAGGAAAGUGACCCAUUUUUCAAACAGCGCUCUGAGUGUGUGAGUAUAUAAGAAAACAAGCCUUAGUAAACAACUCAAACAUGAAGCCAAAUAAGGAAUUUGACUCAGUGAGCCGCAGGAUGUUUAGAGGACUCAUGAAUUGUUUUUGGUGUCAAUGGUUUUAUAGGCAGUUAUAACAGUGAAAAUGAAAUUAGAUUGUUUGCUCUGUAUAAGGGACACAUUAUAGACAUUGUUCUUGUUUGAUGAGGGUAUUUCAGUUUCUGCACUGAUUGAAUUACAGUCUCAUAUUUAAAUUCUUUUAGCAUUCAGUUUAUUGGUAUUAAUACAGAGAUUAAAUCAGCUGGUAAAUGAUCAGUUACAUUAUAAGUUUACUUUGAAGUGAUUUUUGUCUACCCAGUUUGUCAGUCUGGUUUCACUGAAUGUUUUGUGUUUGUUUUUUUCUUCUUAAUCUUGUAUAUUAAUUUAGUCUGGUACAAAGUAAAAAAAUUACUCUAUAAAAAAGUCAGAUUGAUUUAUUAGUAACAGCUUUAUACAGAGGGAACAACAAAACAACUCUUCGCAAUUUAGACAGUACCUCUCCCUGAUGUGAGGCUUUGCACUGUGACUUUGAUCAUUGACAUUUUUACACCUUCUUUGAUAUUAUACCUUUAAAGCAAGCCUCAACACUUAAUAUGCAGUGAGUCCUUCAGCUUGGUCUUGUGCUGCAAAUAAUACUGCCUUUGACAUCUGAGUGGGACGAUAGUGAGGAGUCAUGCCACUGCAGUAGUGUCACUUUUCUGAUUGAUUGGGUUGUCAGUGCGGUGGGGAAUGGGAACUAAUAGCAAACCUUUCAGUUAAUGUUUGCUAACUGUCUAGUAGAGUACAGUACAUAUCUGAGUCUUUCAGGAAACAAAGUCUGUCAUCCGUUUCUCUACUCUUACUCUACUGCACUAACAGCUGGGGUGUAAAACUUUUUUACCUGUUUGGUGUUAAAUCUAGUACAACUUACACUCAUAACUUUGUCAACAACAACCUGCAACAACCAAACCGAGUAAAUCUAGUGAUGCUAAGGCUAGGGUAUGAACGUACAUGUAGCAAAGACAAGUUGCAUGCCAACUGUGCCUCAUCUCCCAAGGCGGAGCUGAUGCUCUUGACCGGGAAACUCCUUCAGCUCUGGCAUUGGGCAGUUAGUAAAGAAUCAACCAGGAUUUUUCAGCUCUACCUCAUAGUUUCAAUAUUUGGAAAGUGAACCAAAGGUUUUGUAGGCGACAUUAGCAAAUAUCUAAAAAUCAUUUAACUCCCCACUAGGCCCGAACGAUAUGGAUUUUUUGGGGGCCGAUGCUGAUACUGAUUAUUAGGGGAGAAAAAAAUUCAGAUUACCAACAUUUUUUUAUGAAGUUAUAAAUAUAUAUAUAUAUAUGUAUACUGUAGAUAUACUGUAGGAUACUGCUCUUCACACAGACAGGAAGAUCGACUGAUCAAACUCAGACCAGAUAAGCGCGUGACCGAGACCAGCACAGCGGGGAACAUGGUGAAGUGGGUUGAACUGAAACUUGUUGACUUAUUGUGUAUUUCACAAACUGGUUUAUUUACCGUUGAGGCGGACCACUCUCUUCUGUGCGUCCCUGAGCUGCCUGCUUCAGAUCCAUCACUCUUUGGCUGUAUUGGCUGAGCGGGAAUCGUGUUGGUUGGUGAAUCUCGUUCCACUUCAGUGGGGCAACAUAAACUGUGAUUUAUAAAAUAGCUCUAUUGAUAGUAAGAACUAAAAAAAAAUAUCUACUCAUGCCAUCAUGUCGAUUUUUAGUAAUCAUUGUUUCGGUGUCGAACUAUUUCCUUUCUGCGGUGUAGUGAUACUUGCACACGCGCAAUCGAAUAUGCAGAGGGGUGAAGCGAUUUUUGUCACAUGGACCAAUAGGAGCUGAGUCUCGUUGUCAUAAUAUCAGAAAUACACAAACAUGGCGACGAGCGCAUCUAGCAGUGAGACAAGUGAAGAGGAAGAAAAGAAAAGGAAAAAUAGAAAACAGCCUUCAAAAGUGCAUAAAAAGGGAAACGAUGCUAUAUGCAUCUAUCAUCUGUCCAGAGUGAAGAUAUUUCAUUGCUUUUAUUACACAGUAGGUUGUGUCAUUUUCAUGUAUGAAACAUAAGCUUUUAGCUAAAUUUACUGUAUAUAUUUCAUUGUGCUGGAUGCAAAUCACUUGAGUUGAGAUGUUUUCUUCAAGAAAUUUGCUACAUUUCAUAAUCUGAAUUCACUUAUGCAGAUAGUAAGGCACCAAUAACUGUUUCAGAUGUUAGGUAGAUGUAUUUAUGACAUUUGAGAAAGAUUUUCUCUUGCCAGAAUCAACAUAGCAGUUUCUACAAGCAAAAACUGCAGCACCAUAUAAUUGUUUUUUGAGUUACUCACAUAUAUGUUCAUUUCUGGCUGGUGACAAAAGUCGGACAGAUAGUCUGAGUAGAUAUUUUAACCCAAAGUCCAGAAUGGUAUUGUCUAUGCAAAAAUGCAUUGAACAAGUAGCACCAGCGUAGUUGAAAGAAAUUCACUUUCUAGGCACUUUUUCCUUGUCCCAAUACAGCUUAGACCUUGAGCGAAGUUUCUUUCACGGAGUUUCAGAUGCCGUGGACGUGGAUGCAUCGGCGAUGCUGCCUGAAGGCUUUGACUGACCCGCGACUGCAUCACGUUCUUGUUUUUCAAACGUCUUUUGCAAAUAAAUCGCUGGUAGCAUGUCAUGUGAAACCCAGUGUCAGCAGGAACAUUGUCAAAGUCGAUAUCAACGCAAAGUUUAUAAGUUUCUGCAAGGUCCUUUAUCUCACCCUGUAGAGAAAGCCACUUUCCAAUACUAGUUCUGUAAGUUUCCCAACAUGUCCUUGUAAAGUCGAGAACGUCUUCACUCUGGACAGAUGAUAGAUGCAUAUAGCAUCGUUUCAUUCCAUUUUUAUGCACUUUUGAAGGCUGUUUUCUUUUUUUCCUUUUCUUUUCUUCCUCUUUGCUUGUCUCGCUGCGAGAUGCGCUCGUCGCCAUGUUUGUGUAUUUCUGAUACUAUGGCAACGAGACUCGGCUCCUAUUGGUCCACGUGACAAAAGUCGCUUCACCCCUCUGCAUAUUCGAUUGCGCGUGUGCAAGUAUCACUGCGCCGCAGAAAGGAAAUAGUUUGACACCGAAACACUGAUUACUAAAAAUCGACAGGAUGGCAUGAGUAGAUAUUUUUUUUUAGUACUUACUAUCAAUAGAGCUGUUUUAUGAAUCACAGUUCAUGUUGCCCCACUGAAGUGGAACGAGAUUCACUCUCUAAGCACUUUUUCCUCUGUCCCAAUACAGCCUAUCUGCUGUACUGUGAGGUAGUUAGUGGAUGAAGAUUGUCAUAAGGUCGCUGCGCUAUCUACAGGAUAAGUUGGAUAACAUUUUCGAAGUGAAACCGAAUCUUAUUCUCCGCAUUUUAUUUCUGAAAAUAUCUGAAAAUAAUUUGAGUUUUGGCCGAUUAAUGAUUGGUCUCAAACAGACUAAAACUGGCCGAUUUAAUCGGCUCACCAAUAAAUUGGCCGGGCCCUACUCCCCACUGUGUCUGUUGGUCUAAAGAAAUGCCUAAGUCAGUAAAACAUCUUCACAUCUUAGAUCCUAAAGUGGUUCAUCUGCUGACUUGCAAUCAGAAGGAAAUCCUGUAUGAAGAGGGUUUGCUGCCCUUACCCUGGCUAAUGAAGAGUGUUCAGACCCUUGUACUGACGUCACUGGUUUGGACAUGUUAAGCUGUGCCACAUGUUUCACCCUCAGAACAAUUUUGUGCAUUUUGAGAUUUAGUGUAGCUGGAGUUCUGGCUGUUUAAAAUUCAUUUACUCUACAACUUCUUUUUUCUCUGUCUGCUUCUUCUUAUAUAACAAAAUGCGCAUGUUCUUCACUUUACUGAAUUGAGCAAGUUGUCUCUCUAACCUCAUGAUGCGAGCAGGGUUUGCCUUCAGGGGUGUGAACAUUUCCUGCACAGACACUCCACUCAUAGACGCUUACAGAUGGUAGCAGGCCUUUAUUAUCAGUGUGCUGGUAUGGAGACCUAGAGGAGCUGAGAGUGGUCAUUUUUUUAUUUUUAGAGCCUGCAGGCUUGAUGCAAUAGUGACGUAUAUUUUUCCACAUACAGCUUCAUAGUGUAAACCUUAACUGUUUCAGUGAGCAAAUUUAGUUUUGAUGCUUAUGUCUCCUAAAUGUCUUUUUUUUUGUUUCAGUUUAGCAGGGGUUAGCAGGAUAGGUUUAUGAUUUACCCAUAAGAACCCUUCUUUGUUUAUUUUCAUGUAGGUAAUAGUGUUCAAAAUCAAAUGACUUCACUUACAGUAAAACUAAAUAUCACAGCUUACUCACUUUAUUUAAAUGAGCCUGCCAAAGCCUCGUUAUAUUUAGAUAAAAAAAGGGAACUAAAAAAACCCCACAAGUUUAUGGACCUCAUUUUGGUGUCCAUGAAUAGAAAAGUCUGCAGAAAUGUUUUGACCCAGACAGAUCAGGAUUUUACCAACACAAAUUUAGUUUUAAACCCUGAUUGAACCAAAAAUUCUGAAGGUGAAGUUGGCUUGUCAGUCAUGUGACAUACAAACAAAGUGAGGAAAUUUUAUUCCUGUUUUAGUGACUCGAGAUCAUUUCAGCACAGACACAACGUGAGAAUGUAACUGUCUAAUGUAAUGAAGUUUGACGUCUAAAUCGGCUUCAUAUAAGUAUGCAUAGUGUACAUUUCAGCUGACGUCUGAAUGAACUUAGAAACAUUGACCGUGUUGAUGAUGUUUAUUUUGCACAGUUUCAGACUCUUUUCUGCUCCCUCCAGUUGCCUGUAUGUUGGUUUCCACUCUUGUGUUUAUACUUUUGAUACUUCUUUGAACAAGUUGUAUUGAUAAACACAAAAAUGGUCUUCACUUUGAGAGCUUGGUUUUUGUGCUACUUUGAGCCCAAACCAAACAUACUCGGAAAGCAUAUCCUCCCUCUACGUACUGCAUGUGUGGAAGUACAAGUCUUGAAAAUGUCCAGACUGUAUCCUGUGGAUAUGUCUGUUGAUUAUGUGCCAACAUGACACAUACAACUCUAGUGUUUCAAAGGAGUUCAUUUUCUUAAUGCUGGGUACAAAACAUCAGAUGGGAAUUUAAGUCCAAUAAAAAAAUGAGAAGAAAAUAUUGAUCAUUAGGUGAACUGAAUAAAUGGAUAAUUUUUGUGGAAAUUUCCGUCUAACAUUCUCAAUAAAACCUAGUUGCUCUUGGGAGUGAUUUCUUGUCAAAGAAGCUGCUUCAGGUGGGAACGAGCUCACUUUAGUAUUUUCUGGUUUGUAAUUAUGCUGAAAAAAUACCACAGUUGUAGGUUAUCCAAUAUGUUUGUGUCGGCUUCAUACUUCACAUUUAUUCCGCUGAAAUUAGCACAGAAUAAAAGUGUUGUACAAAGUGGUUAUUUUCCUUGUAAUCUGCCCAUUAUUGGCCUUUAAAAAGUAUGAUAUGAAUUAUUCAAGAAGAGUUGUAUAUGAGAUGAAAUACUAUGAUUGCAGUUUCACGCUGUGCUUUGAAUUAUUUCUUUUAUAUGUUUUCUUGUGGAGAUUUUAUAAAAACAGGUGUGUGUGUGUGUUUAAAGUGUGUUUGUGUAUUGCACCCAUGUAGGAUGUUUUAUUCAUCUUAAUGUCCUAUUUUGCCUUUUAACUUUAGUUUUACUUUUUUCCCCCAAAUCUGAUUUUUCAGAUUGAAACAUGAAAAACUUGUAGGAAAUGCUAGUGUACAAUAAUCCAGCAGAUGAAGUAGGGCUGGGCAAUCAAACAAAUUUACUGAUACCAAAAUUUACGACAAUAACCCACGUCAUUUUACCCAUGUCAAUAUAUUUGGUGUCACCCCUAAGAUGAAGUUGCUUGGUUGUGGGGCACUUAAUUGUCAUGUGUGACUAAAGUCUGCAAACAUCGUGUAAUAAGUGCUUUCUUUGCUGUUUGUGUGUGGUUUCAGAAUGAGCAGCAGCUGGACUGUGCCCUGGACCUGAUGAGGCGUCUGCCUCCUCAGCAGAUCGAGAAGAACCUCAGUGACCUCAUUGACCUGGUAAGUCCACUGUCUUUACUUCUAACUCUGCCAGAUGUCCAGGUUGUGUCUCCUUCAGACAGCUUUUAUGUGUGCAACCAAACAACAAAGUUCAAUAAAGCACAGACUAAAUUAAAGUGAGGUUCAGAUAAAGCUAAAUAAAGGAAAAAGGAUGAGAACAAAAGACAUGAAGUUUGGAUUAAGUCUGUCAAAGAGAAAAGGAAAUGUUUUGUUUUUUUAAAGGGACAAUUUGACUGGUUCCUUCUUAUUUGUUGAACAAAACAUUCUCUGUUAAUGUGAUUAAAUUAUUUUAGAAUUUCAGCUAUUGGACACCUAAGAUCCCCUAAUUUCUCAAAAGAGUUUUUUCUGUGUCUGUGUACUGGAGUCUUUUUGCACAAGGACACUUGUGUGAGUCUGGAUCUGCGUUCAGAUUCCAGCUGAGUGAUCUGUUUUUGAUUUGCUUCUACAUGCCUGUGAUCUGUUUUUCAUAAAAGUCUAAACAAUGUGACAUAUCACAUAGAUAUGAGCCCAUUCAUUAUGAUCUGGGCCUUUCUCACAUGUGGAUCAGAUACACGUCUGAUUAUUUUCAAAACAAGUUCAAUCUAAACUGUUUAAUCUGAAUUCAGCAGCUUUUUCGCUUCAUUAUUUUGACAAGUUUGUCUCAGCUCUGUGCAGACAAACACAGCUCUUGAGUCAAGGACUGCUCAAUGAAGUCCAUUUUUUUGUGAAGUCGUCAAUGUCAUGAUGCCCUCCUCUGUAACAAACAUCCCACAGCACCGCACGGCUGUCAAAUUGUUUGUGAAAAUGUCAUUCAUUAAAGAUGUAUGUAUGAUGACACUGAUGGCUCCACAAGAACCUUAAAAACACUUUUUACAAGGUCUUAAAUUUAAGAGUUCAUUUAAUCUGAAAAUGUUUAACACAGUAAGACUGCUCUCUGCAUUAAAAUAGUUAUGAUUAAUCAUCUUCUCGCAUAUCUGAACUCUGAUACAGAUUUGUAUUUCUAGUCAGUAAUUCCUGUAUUGUUUCUUUGUUGUAUAGUUACAGCUUCUGUUUUGGCCACAUAGACACAGGGUUAUAAAUGACAUUGUGACCUUUGAACCUGCGCUGAGCCUAAGACAAAUCCAUAAUGAGUGUCAUUUCUGUUUAGACAGAGAUUGCUGUUACUGUUCAUAUAUUAAUGAACAAAGAAUCCAAACUUAGAUGGAUAAUGUCAGUCUUUCGGUUUUGAGGUGAUUUUCAUGUUUUCUUUAGAAGUAAACAUCUGUUUGUGGAACGGGUCACCAUUUUUUGAAUAUUAAGAGAGUUUUUAAGUUUUGUUUUGUUUUGUUUUGUUUUUUAAUUGAAAAGUUUUUGGAACUAUUAUCUCAUCUAAAAUUAUAUAUGUUUCUGUUAUUUUUACUUGUGCCUGGUUGCCAUUGUCGAACAGUGGCUGUAGUCCCUUUGAAAGGUGUUUCCUGCAGGAACUUCUUCAACCAUCUGAAACGUCUGUGAGGCACUCUGCAGGAGUCUGACUAUUCAAAUAAUCGACCAAGAGUUCCCAGUGAUUAUCAAGCGGUUUUCAAUCACAUAUCAAUUCCGAUUUUGCCGUUCUGUCAUUAUAAAAACAAGAUAACAGAGAUUAAAGUUGACUGGGCUCCUUGCCAAGUUGCUUUUAUUUUGUCAACUUUGUUGGUGCACAACAAAGUUUGUGCAAACAAGUUGUCACGUAACGUAUGUAUUGGGGAACUGCAGUUUAACACUGCUAGGGAGGAGCAGGUGUGUGUUAGUAAAGCAGAGUGACAGAGCGCGCAUGAGUCAAGAGCGUGUUGAUCGAGUAGGUAUGAAAAUGACUGGGUUGUUGAUGCUUUGGCAAACAUAAAGAGGAAACGAUUUUUAUAUGUUUUUAUGUUUCUCCGAGUGUUGAAGAGUUUGUGUCUCAGACAUCUGUUUAGAUUUAACAAAUGUGGGUGUUGUAGACGUUGUCGAAUGGCAGAGUAGUCAUGUUUAAAAGUCCCGAUCACAGUAUCAAUACAUAAAAAAUAUGAUGAUUUUACCAGAAACUGAGCAGCUCUCAAAUAGUUUCCAUUGCCUGAAAUGCCACCUCUGCUCUGCACAUGACUGCCUUCUGAUGUAUGAUCUGCUGUGACUGUUUUGUUGUAGAAAGGGAGGUGGGAAUGGAGAGACUCUAAGAGUUUGCUGAAAAGGAAAGUUUGCAGAGUGUGCAGUAACUGAAGCAGGAUUCUGACCAUUCCUGUCUCUAAAACUGAAAAAUUCAGAUUUUCUUUCAGCUUACUGUUAACAUACUUAUUGUUUUCACUAAGUUUGCUGCUGAAACAGGACUCAGGUUCUCUUCCAUGGCAGUGCCAGCUACUGAGCCUUACAAAUGUCUCAAAAUCGGACGUGUAUCUUAUUACACUUUACCGGUGUUCGCAUGGCACCUUGAUCUGUGUGUUGAUGCCAGCCAGUCCCCCACCUGCAUACCUUCCUCUUCCUUCACCUUCGACCUCUCCCCCUCUGAGCCUCGGCUUUCUCCUCACUCAUUUCUGUGUGUCUGGUUGUUAGUGAUAAUCAUCUCAGCUGUCAGUCACCUCUUCCUGCCGGUCACUGUUUAUGCUCCACUGCCUCUGCUUCAACUCCACCUGGUAUCACCUGAAAUCACCCUCUCUGCUCCACGUCUGUAUUAUCUCUCUUCUGCUCUUAACUUUCCCUUACCCAUUAGUUUUUGCCUCCCCCCUUAUUUUGCCUCACCCAGUCAGGAUUUCCAGGUGUGGUUGGUUCAGGGGUGUUGUGGGGGCUUUUCAGAGGAAAAAACAAGGCCUCCUUUGUAUCUAUGCCUACUGGAGAGCUUAUAGAGGGGGAAUCCAUGUCAGUCUCUGAGAAGUAAUUUGUACCCCCUUAUCCUCCAGAUAUUAUGUUUCCCAUGGAGAUUGUAUUCCAGCUCAACACACUAACCCCAGCCUUGAGAGUGAAGCUGGAACAUGAAACUUUAGACAAGGAUUUUUUUUUUCCGUCUUGUUGUGUAAGAUAAGAAAUCAAAUAAAAGUCUGCUGUUGUCUUCCCUGCUCAGUCUCCUCAUUCCCACAUUCACAGGUGUUAUUUUAAAUUGAGCAACUCUUGCAGAAAGAAUGCUUUCACAGCAGCCCAUGUGUUGUACUGUCUCCCAGGACAUUUGCAGUCAAGUGUCUGGAGUUUAACAAACUUGUGGAGAAACUCCAGUGGCUAAAAAAUGUCAAAUCUUUCCUGUAUGAAAAAGCGAAUUCUCUCUGUUUUUGCGUCCAGGUGCCCAGUCUUUGUGAGGACCUCCUCUCCUCUGUGGACCAGCCCCUGAAGAUUGCCCGAGACAAGGUUGUGGGCAAAGACUAUCUGCUCUGUGAUUACAACCGAGACGGCGACUCCUACAGGUGGAGCUCAUAACCACACUUCAUACUUAAACUGUUUUGAAUAACACGGUUGACAUCUACAGAUGGUUGAGUUUGAGAGGAAUUCAGAGUGUGGCAGGAAUACUUGCAUAAAGCUUGAUAGAAAAGAUCUUAAGAGCUAAGUCUACAUCAUAGCUCUUGUCUCACUUUGCAGCCACCAUCAUGGGUGUAAAUGUCAGAGAGGUAUUUGACCAUCUGAAGAAGCGUACUGGCAGCUGUUAGAGAGUUGAAGAGCAGUAAGAGGAGCACCCCCCGAUACAGUGUCAUAACAGUGUGUCCUUUUAAAGUGCCACUCUUUUUGACUGCAUUUCACAUGCGAACGUUGAAUGUGAAUAGGCGGUUAUGAUUAAGUUGUGACAGCAGUCCGAGCCGUAACAUUUCACCAAGAGGAAAUUGGAUGCUGGUGGAGUAAAGCAGAACAAAAUUAAACACGCAGACGUGAAAUGAUUUAUUCAGAACUCAUUUGCUCUGGUACCAUUGGCCUCAUAAACAGCAUGUGACUCUUCGUCCUCUUUGAUGUGUGUAUUCAAGUGUUCAUUGUGUCUGUGUGAGACUAAGUGCUUUUCAUUGUUUCACUCAUUGCUGACUGUCAAAGAAAUCGUCCCUUAAGGAUAAUGAAGUGCACCUGGAACAAAAAUCGCUGUUAAAUAAAAAAAAAAAAAAUCCAGUUUUAAAAUCAUGAGACACAGAGCUGCUUUCAGACCAGUCAAAAAUAAUCUCUUUAUUAAGUUUAUAAAAGAUGUCAAAUGCAUGAAAAGAAUCUUUUUCACUGGCUGUGCUCGGUGACCACAGAUCAGCUUCUUCUCCAUCACAAUAAAACAAUAAUUCAGGACUUUACCACUGAGAACAUUUUUCAAAAACUAACCUAGCGACUUUUCAAACCCCCUUUAGCAACUUAUUUUCAAAAAAGCACCUAGCAGCAAAUCUAGUGACUUUUUCUGGAGUUUGUAGACUGACAUGAAAGAAACAGAUACAGACAAACAUACAGACACUCUGAGGAAGACGCCUCCAUCGCCUGGGGAUCAUGCAAAUUAGGAGAUGGCGUCAUCUAGCGACAGCCACUAGGGGCUUUCCUUACCAAGGAGUUGGAAACAUUUGAGUCGUCUUCCUUCUGUGCCAAACUAGUGCUCUUAAAUCCAUCCCAGGAAUUUUGUAAAAUUCUAGUCAUGUUUGUAUAAUGGCAUAAGGAAACACGUGCUUAAGAAAGGCAUUCCAGAAAAAUGAAGCCAGCAGUGAUCAAUCAUAAGUAUUUACGUCUGCAGAGGGAAAUGUCAGGGACAGAGUCAAACGUCAGGGACUGAUAUAUAUAUGAAGAUUGAAAAUGCUACUGUUUCUGCAAUACACCAGAUAUUACAGUGGGUUAAACAAAUGUGACUUGUCUAUUUGGUGUGAUACUUAUUUACAUUGAUUUCUGUCCUUUUUUCGACUGCUUCAGAUCCCCAUGGAGUAAUAAGUAUGAACCUCCCAUUGAAGAUGGUGCAAUGCCUUCAGCCCGCCUGAGGAAACUCGAGGUCGAAGCCAAUAAUGCCUUUGACCAGUACAGAGACCUGUGAGUGCCAGCUGAACGAUCUGAAGGGAAGAUUUGAUCAAGCUGUGAGCGCAGCCUCUCGUUCACUCUAACAUCUGUGUUGUUGUUUUUUUUUUUUUUUUAGAUAUUUUGAGGGAGGUGUGUCCUCUGUGUACCUCUGGGACCUGGAUCACGGCUUUGCUGGAGUUAUUCUCAUUAAGAAGGCUGGGGACGGAUCCAAGAAGAUCAAAGGAUGCUGGGACUCCAUUCAUGUGGUGGAGGUGCAGGUGAGAGUUAGCUGAUGUGGCAUGGUUGCACAUCAGGUUGUGGCAACAGGUUGGCAUUUGUCAACUUCUUUAUCCAUGAUACAAUGUUUUAUGAAACUUUGUACAGUAAUAGAAUAUUUCCUGAUACUGUAAAGUCUGUAAUAAUCAGUAUCAAUUUCAUGUAAAUCAGUGGCUGAUGAUUGUUUAUAUUGGCAUCACAAACAAAAGAUAAACUUGCUCAUCUUGAACACGUCAAGACAUGUUUUUGAACAAACUAUAAUAUUUCUAAUUAUAAUACAGAAAGUUAUUGUUCUACAUUCUGUGAAAGUGCAAAGUUUGACUCACAAAUUACAAAAAUGUAAUGUCUUUGGUCUGCUGAGCUACCAUGUUGGUAAAAUCCAAAAUACCUCCUGAUAGGUAAUCUACCUCAGAUGACGUUACGAUAAAUAUUUGAGCCUAAUGUCAACAGUAAUGCCUUCAUGGGUGCAGAGAUUGGUCAGGCAUGAUAUGUCAAUUUUAUAAUCAAAAAUAGUUUCGUAUAGAUGAUGAUACAGAGUGAAGUUUCCAUUUGUUAAACUCUUAAUCAUAAUAUUGAUGGAAAACAUUUCUGUUAAUAGAUUUUUUACACUUUUGCGAAAUGAAAAGAGACAAGCUGAUGUAGAAAUAAACCUAAUGCAUCAAUUUGCAGCAUGUCAGCAUGAUCAAAACUUAAAAAAAAAUACAGAGACUGAUAACUGACAUGAUGAAGAAAUUCCACCUUUUAUAAAAAUCUAAACAGGAUAUGACUCUCUAACCUAUAAAGACAAAAUAUAGAUAGCUUGCCUAACAGUACAGUCAUUCUGGUCCCGAAUGGUAAGGGUGAUGACGUUUAACUGUAAACAUCAUUUUCAUGAAUCCUGAAAGAGUAUAUGGUUUCCUGUUUACUUUGCUGAUAUCUCAUUGCUUUUUGUUUAUCCUGUGUGAGCAGGAGAAGUCCAGCGGUCGUGCUGCUCACUACAAACUCACCUCCACUGUCAUGCUGUGGCUCCAGACAACCAAGACCGGCUCUGGUACCAUGAACCUGGGCGGUAGCCUCACAAGACAGGUGCUGUGAUGAAUUACAGAAGAGAAAGUACAACUCAGGGAUGACUCAUCCAGCCUGUUGUUUUUAUAAAUCUCAGUUUGUCAACCUCUUUUUUUCAGAUGGAAAAAGAUGAUCCAGUUGGAGAAAACAACCCCCAUAUCGCCAACAUCGGCCGCCUUGUUGAAGUCAGUACUACAGCUGCCACACAAUCUGAUGUUUCAAUUAUUGUGUACAGUGUUUCACAAGAUCUCUCAGAUUGCAAAAGUUUUCAAACAGUAACUUCAUUCACUGAUAAACCCAGAUAGUCGCUCAUACUUGCCAGAGAGUAACUGCCCAUCCUUUCCUGAAAAAAUCAAUAGAGCACCUGUCUGCAAAGAAAAACUGAGGGGUCGUGCUUGAAUGUCUUUGUUUUCUUGUCAGGAUAUGGAGAACAAGAUUCGUUCCACACUGAAUGAAAUCUACUUUGGCAAAACCAAGGAUAUCGUCAACGGCCUAAGGUAACACUUCAGGAAAAAGUCAAUCUUAUUUUACAGCAAGUCAGUCAGCAGGGUUUAUGUCCACUGGUCAAGUCUUUUUUGUUUAUAUUUUAUAUGAUUUCAUCAAACAUGCCUUCAUGCGUCUCUUGUCACUCCAAUUCUUUGUUUUCUUCACUUCAUCCCCACCUGGUCAUUCCCCUCUUCAGCGGUUCCUCUGAAUCUGAUCGUAUUUUUCUUUGUAACCUUUCUCCCAACAUUUCUUCUGCCAUUUUCCUCACUGUCUGUCCUCAUGUCAAUCCUUCUGUCACAUCUCCCUCCCCGCUCCAGAUCUAUUGAGUCUCUGCCUGAUAACCAAAAGUACCGGCAGCUCCAGAAGGAGCUGUCGCAGGUGCUCACCCAGCGUCAGAUCUUCAUUGACUAGGGUCUGAGGUACAAUCUGGCAUGGAGAACGCUGUUUUUGUGUGUGGAUGCAGGCAUGUAAAAUAUACAGAAAGGAAAGAUGUAGCUCAUGCCACGGUGGCCUCUGUUUAAAGUAUACUUUUAUUAAUAAUGUUGCAUUACAACCACUUUCUUGAUAUUCAUUGCUGUAGAAAAAGUGAAACUUGCAACCUCUCACUGAACAGACUAUUCAAACUGUUCAAACUACUGUACAUGGCGAACCUUCAAAUAGAAGUACAGGGUUUCUACACAGUUGGAAUUUCCAUACUUUACCAUACCCUACUUUUAAAAAUUAUAUUUGGAAAUACCUACUUUUCUGUUUUAGAAAACUAUUUCAGAAGUGUGGUAAUAGUCUGGAAACAUAAAUAUUUUUCCAUACUUUAUUUUCCUUUUCCAUCCUUUUUAAGACCUGUGUAUCGAUCACGUUUAUUUCCAUACUUUUCAUACUUGGGUAGGAACCCUGGAAAUAUGAUCUUCACGUCUCUCCAAUAAAUCAAGAGUCUGUCCUAUCAAAUAACUUCAUCUUAGUUACAGUGUGUGUGUGUGUGUGUGCGUAUGUGUGUGUGUUCAUGCAGUACAAACAUAUUUGCAUGCUCCUCAGAGUGUUGAAGAUUGAGCAGCUGUUUCAGCAUGUUGUGCAGGUUGUGUUUAUCCUUGUGUCCCCGUGCGGGAGUGAUGCACACUAACCAGAGUCAAGAGUAUUCAGAGGACCCACCAGGCAGCAGGAUGCUAUACAGUUUGCCUAAUAAGGUUUCCUAAAAUCCCGUGUUUAUUCAAGAGCAUGGAACUUGCCUCAAGCAGAGAUAUAGAAGUAUCACUGAUAGAUAGAUAGAAGUGCGUGUAUGUGAAGCCCACAUUGAGAUGAAUAUCACAGAUAUGCUGGAUGUGCUCCUUCUCUCUGUAACAGGAUUAUCGUUAUAUUGAAGUUCAGCGUUUCAGAGACAUUCAGCAAAAGUCGAUCCUCUUUGGGGUUUCAGAGACAUUUUUGAAACAUAAAUGAAGUGCACAUGGAAUCUGCUUCUCAUUAAAUUUUUCUUCCUCCAGUUUGCAACACAUGCCUCCGAUCUGUUUAUGUUCAUCUCUGUGUUGUAAACAAACCACCUAGCAGACAUUCUGCAAGUUUGUGGAAAGAUGUGCUCGUAAAAAAUAAUAGCAUCAUUCAAAACAUCACAAAAGGCUUCAAAUGAAUGAAACAAGUCACUUUUAGAAGUAGACACAGCAGCAUGUUCACAGAAAUGUUGGUAAUUAGAUCAAUGUUGUUAUUAUUGUGCUUUUUUGACACAGAAAAUUGAAUAUUUGAGCAUGUUAAACGUCAUCACUGUAGGCAGGUAAAGAACAUGGUUUAACUGCAUGAUAAAUAACAAAAGGUUUAAGCCGCCUGAUAUUAAUAUUUCCCAUGCGCAGUGUGUUUACAUGUGCGAUUGUAUGUUUUUUUGACUUCCCAGAAAAGGAAAGUUGGACUAAACUCUUCAAGAAGAUUCAUUUUUCCUCUCACAAACUAACUGUUUUGUUUUUGUUUUUUAUCUGGCCUCCUGCAGAAACUUUUCCACCUUCUCGCUGCUUUUAUAUUUUUUUCUCUGGCACACACUUGACUCUCUCCCCUCAUUUUUGUCUCCCUUUCACAGGAGUGUUCAGACUCUGGCUGACAAGUCAAAGCAGGAAGCUCUGAGGAUCAACCUGGUGGAUGCACUCAAACGCAAACAAAACAGCUAG